UUCAUCUGCAGCCAACAGUCCAACACACACACGCAGCAGCCAAAAUAGGGAGAGAGAGGGAGAAACGCGGAGAGGGAGAGAGAGACUCGGAGAGCCGCCGGCCAGCGCUACCGCCGGUCCCAGCCGGCGUUGCUCCGCCGUUACCGCCCAUCGAAGUUCGCCGGAGUUGUUGAAUCCAAGCAGUAGGUUGAGAAGGGUUUUUGACUGAAGAAGAGGAGCACCAAGAUGCCUCUUUAUGACUGCAUGCUUUUGUUGAAACCCAAUAUAGUGCAGGAGGCGUUGAUCGACUUGGUUGCUAAGGUGGGGAAGCAUGUUUACACUAGAAAUGGAGUACUCACAGAUGUAAAAUCUUUUGGAACUGUUCAGCUGGGCUAUGGUAUUAAGAAACUCGAUGGCAGAUAUUAUCAGGGGACACUGAUGCAAAUGACAAUGAUGACACCUCCUAGCUUCAACAGUGAGCUGCAUUACCUCAACAAGGAAGACCGUUUGCUCCGCUGGCUGUUGGUCAAGCACCGAGACAUCAAGCCCGGGUUGGAAUAUUUUGGAGAAAAAGAUUCUAAGUUAUCUAUCAAAGUGUAUCAAGUUAUGGGUGAUGAUAAAGAGGACGAUGAAGACUCCGACACAGCCGAUGAAAUGUAAAAUGGCUGUUUAGCGUGUACGCUUCUUUUGUUUUCUGAAUCCAGGUCUCCCUUUCUGCAUGCACUUGUACUUGGGGCAUUUUAGUUUAUGAUUUAAGGUUGCAGUAGAAUUGAGGCAAGGAUACAUGACAUAAGAAGAUUUGAAUGUGACAAUUUGCAGUACACACAAAUUAGAAUGGAUUUUGCCCAGUUUUUUAGAAUAAGAAAAGUUUGAGAUCUUGAUAUUUUGCUUCAUAGCACUCUGCAAGAUCAAUGCGUAUAUCCUUGAGUUUGAGAAUGGAUUGUAUGUUCUCAAAAUAUCACGAUAUUUGGCUUCUUAA